AUAGCUGCUUGUUUAUGCUCUGAGGAAACCUGAGCCCUAGGGUGCAGAGCGAGCCUUUGGUGGUGGCAGAGAGAUUUGUGAAGGCAGAUUUCCUCAGUAAUUAUAAAUACCACAGGAAGACGACAAAAAGCAUAAUGCUAGAAGAAAACGACUACUGACAUGGAAUUCACCAGACAAUACCUGCCAAUGGAAUGGGAAGAACGAUGGAGGAGAGAAAAGGAGAGGAGGAUGAGAGCGAUUGAGGAAGGCGGAGAGGUAAUAGAACGCGACAACCGUGAGCUGAAGAGGAUCAUUGCUUACAACGACCUCAAGAUGGGCCUGUUGAGUGGGAGGAUUGAGAAGGAGGGAUCCGGGGUCACAAUGAGUAGCGAUAGUCCUGAGGUAAUUGGGGAAUAUAUGAGUGAGGACAAAUCUAAAGAUGACAAAGAAGACGUGCACACAUGCUGCAGCAAAGCUUAUCCUAAAGAGGUGUUUAUUGCCCUGAAAGAUUUCUGGGAUUCAUCCCUUCUCACAGACCUGACUCUGACCACAGAAAAUGGAAACACCUUCCAUGUGCACUCCAUCAUCCUGGCGUCUGUCAGUGGCUUAAUUCUGGAGAGAUUGAUGAAAAAAAGUGUAGAACAAUUAGGUAACGAUAAGGAUAGCCACCAGGGAUGGUUCCUACACAUAGGUGCUGAGGUUUACCACGAUGGGCUUUUGGCAGUUAUUGAGUUUGCAUACACUGGUGGUGUUUUAUCUUUGAAGAAAGACACCAUGGCACACAUCAAGGCUGCUGCUGAAGUAUUGGUGGUCCCAAGACUGUUGGAACUCUGCAACAGAGAGGAAAGAAUAGUGAAAGGUGAAUGCCCCAAGAAAGAAGCACAAAAGACCUCUGCUCUAGAAGAGGUGACACUUACCUUUCGGUCCAUACAGCAGCUGUGGUCAGACAGAGUGGGGUGUGAUGUAAUUUUGGACGUGGAUGGGACUUUUUUCCAUGCUCACAGAGUUAUCCUGGCAGCAAGCAGUGCCUACUUCCGUGGAAUGUUCACCAGUGGAAUGAAGGAAUCCCACCAGACCUGUGUUGCCCUUCCUUUCUUGGAAGCUUCUGAUUUGGAGGCUCUUAUUGGCUGCUCCUACAGUGGGUCUCUGCUAUUUAGUUGGGACUCAGUCUUUGAAAUCACCUGCACAGCCCUCCAGCUUCAGUUCCAGCCUGCUCUCUCACUUUGUCUCAGCUUUAUGCAACAAGAAAUCCAAGCAGGCUCUUGCCUUGAUGUGGCAUCUUUUGCUGAAGCUUACGGGAUGUCGGAGCUCCUUGAGGAGGCCAAUGACUUUGUCCUGAGGAACUUCAGGGAAGUAUCAGCCACAGCAAAGUUUAAGGACCUACCAGCAGAGAAGCUUCUAGAAUUCCUCCGCUGUGAUGGCCUGUGUGUUCCCUCUGAGCUGACUGUAUUUCGGGCUGUAAUUUCAUGGAUUGAGGCUGAUCCUGAGGAGAGAUUGGCUCAGGCUGGCCUUCUAAUGACAGGAGUCCGCUUCCCCCUCAUGACCUUUCGAGAGUUCAGGGAGGUCAGAGCCAUUAACCUACGCAUGGAGUGCUUUGGAAACAAGGAGGUGGAACUCUAUAGUUCAGCGUUUAAGGAAUUUGGUUUUAGCCUCCCACACUCCCAGGGCCACUGUCGUGUUAGGAAACCCAAAGAUGCUCUGGUCCUGGUUGGGGGAGACCUGCUGGACCCAGAUGUGGGUCAGCGCAUACCAUGCAGGGAAAUAUGGUUUGCAAAUUCUUUACGCAGUGGCACAGGGUUAGUUAAGGACAUAGAGUGGAGAAGAUUAAGUGAGAUUCCAGAUAAGCCAAAGUUUAGACAUGGCAUAGCAGUAAUGAAGGGGAGGCUCUAUGUAUUUGGAGGAUGUUACUUUUAUGCCAAGGAUGACAUGAUGAAAUCUGCCUACAGUUAUGACCCUGAAACGGACACCUGGAAAAAGCUGGCUGACAUGCAUGAGUUCAGGAGUAACUUUUCAGUGGUGGUUCUCGAGGAACACCUUUACGCCAUUGGUGGAGAUAAGGAGAUCAACAACAACACAGACAGCGUUGAGAUGUACAACUCAGACACUGACUCCUGGAGCUUUGUCCAGCCCCUUGACCAGGCUCUGAGUGGUCAUGCUAUUGCUGUCUUAAAUGAAGCAAUUUUCAUCUCUGGAGGCUUCAACUGUAAGUACGUCUGUCUGGUUUCCAUGUCCCUGUACCACCCUGAGAGAGGAACGACCUACCUGGCAGACAUGACCCAAGACAGGGCGCAGCACUGCAUGGAACCGCUACAGGGUCGUCUCUACGUGGCCGGUGGAGUGUGUAACCUGAGGAAGUUUUACACCGACCAACAAGCCUGUGAGGUGUAUGAUCCUGUGGCUGAUUCCUGGACUGCUUUCGCAUCCCUGCCUGUGCCACAUGUUGGAGCAGCCUCAGCCAUCCUGGAGGACAAGAUCUAUGUGCUGGGAGGAUACUGCCAGGACGACUAUAGCGAGUCUGGACUGAUCCACCGCUUUAAUCCCAGCAUACAGCGAUGGGAGAACAUGGGCAAGCUGCCACGAGCUAUUACUGAUAUUCGAGCAUGUCUGCUCCGAUUGCCCCAGCACUUCAGACAGUGACUGGUUGGUGAAAAUGAUUGCAAGUAGGAGGGAUAAAUAUCAAAAUGUGGCCAAAAUAUUAAAGUAAUUGGGUUUUUCUGCUGUAAUACUACACUAAACACUACUAAAAUACAUAAUACUUAAAUAAUAGUCACUAUAUUUUUCAAAUAGAUAGAUAUAACAUAUACAACAAUAUACAGUGUAUUACCUCAUUAUUGCUGAUAGAAGAAAGUGUAAAUAACGUACAGUAUAAUCAUAUUUUAGUGUAUUUUACACUAUAUAUAGAAUAAGAAUACUUAUUCAGAAAAUACUUAUUGAAACUACAUUACAGAUGUGAAAGAAAAACAAAAAAAUAGUUGUAAAAAAAUAACAAUCAAUUACGCUUUCUGAAAUUUGCUAUUUCAGUGAUUUUAUUAAGUUUGAAAGUAUGGGAUCAUACAUUAAUCAUGUGUUUUAUUUGUGUUUAUUUGCAAUCUGCAAACACAUUUUAAACGAUUAAACAAUGUUUAAAACAAAACCGACCUGUACGCCUCAUCAUUUUGGUGCGGAUAGCAAACAUAAAGUUAUCUCUCUAUUCUCAUCGGCUACGGUACAGUCAAGGUAGGUAAGAAUCAUAGGUAUUGAAUCAAUGUUUGAAACUGUUAGAAUCACACUCCUUUAGAUUUCACUGUCACCCAUUUAAUAUAACUCAAUCAUCAUCAUUUUUUCAUUUUAUCUUGAUUUCAAUAACAACCUCAUUUAGUGAAUAAUCACGCAAUAUGGGAAACAAUUACAAAA